AUGACAUUUGAUCAGGGCUUAAUUUUGGGAAGGGCAACCGCCCUGGGGCCACAAAGGCCCGCAUUGCCGACCUUGAUAACUUUAACUGGAAAUAAGCAAAUUCUUUUGUACGACCAACACACCUACUCGUUUCCGAGUCAAGUGAAAAGGUACGGCCAUCUUUACUGCUCCAGACGUCUCCGGGCUAAUUGUAAAGCUCGUGUAAAAUUGUGCAAAGAUGGAGUCACCAUUGUACCAUUAGUCAUCGAUCAUACUCAUCCUCCACCUUUCGUAAAACGCCUGCCAAGUGGACACUAUGCCUAUUUCGGCAAGGUUAAUGAAGACCACUUCUUGGAAUUCCGUGACGAUUAUGUUGCAACAAUGAAAGAUAAAUUUCAGAAAUUAUUAGAUAAUAUGGUGACUCGAAAAAAAAAUAGUAUACAUUACAUAAACGAGUCUCGUUACCGGGAUCUCAUGGCAGAGUUAAAAGAAGUUAAGGCUUCUAAAAAUAAAAGCUUUGAAGACUACAAACUUCUCUCUAACUACGAUAUUCUAGAAGUUAAUGGGAAAGAAAGAUUGAUACAGCCCAAAGAUGUCGACGAUAGCAUAAAAUUUUACGUAAAAACGGACGAAUUGUUCAGCGUUUUGCACACAAUACAUUUGUUGUUUCAGCAUGCCGAUUUAGAUAAAAUGGGAUUGAAUAUAAAAAGAUCAGCAGCAGGAUAUGCCUGCUUCACUCAAUCGCAAAAGGGCAACACGAUGCUGCUGUUCGGAAAUUACAGAUACUCAAAGCAGAUUGUAUGCAAGAAGUUUAUUCGGUGGGUUUGCUCCACGAACUACAGCAAGGGUUGCAGAGCUUUGAUCAAGACAACGGGUUCGAGUAUUAUCGAGACCAAAGGUUACACACAGCAAGCGAUAUUCACGACGUCACAAAAGGGUAAAAUUCUAUUGUUAUACAACAAUUUUACGUACUACAAGCAGACCGAGUGCAAGUCCUUCGUCCGUUGGGUGUGUUCCACGCAUCUGCAUAAGGGGUGCAGGGCUAUCGUCAAGACCAGGAGUUCAGAUAUUAUAUUUAUCGGCGGUUGCCACAACCACGACGCCUCGGAGCUUCUGCGGAAUAAAAAGUAUUGGCACUGA